AUGGUGCUCCAAAGGCCAUUGCUGCAGCCGAGAGGAGACCUGCAGAGCCUCAGGAACUUGCCGAAACUGGAUGUCUUACCGUCAGCAUUGUGGAUGCUCAGGGGCGGGACUGGUGCACCAUGCGGCGCGCGCUGUGGUCAGCUGGACUGCCUAUGUUUUCUCGUGGCAGAAGCAGGGCUCGAUGCUAACACAAGGGCCCUCAAUGGAGCCACACCUGUCCAUGAUGCUGCAGCUACAGGUCAUACCCGGGAACUAAAGUGGCUCGUGCAGGUGGCAAAAUGUAAUGUACAGGAUCAGGAUUCUGGCGGGGCGUCUCCGCUUCAUCUCGCUGCACGCUUCGGCCGGGUGGAAGCUGUCCGCUGGCUGCUGUCUCGUGGGAGCGGAGCAGACGUGGAAACAAACUGCGGUGCUCUUCCUGCUCACUAUGCUGCAGCAAAGGGUGACCUCACCUGCUUGAGGCUGCUGAUUGGUCAAGCUCCAGGGUGUGUUAAUCGACAGACAAAUAUGGGAGCUACGCCGCUUUAUCUGGCCUGUCAGGAGGGACAUCAACAUGUUGUGGAGUAUCUGGUGAAAGAGUGUGGAGCUGACGUGCAUCUACGAGCCCAAGACGGUAUGACGCCGCUACAUGCUGCAGCUCACAUGGGCCACCAUGCAUUGGUGGUAUGGCUGGUGUCCUUCACAGACGUCAGCCUGUCUAGUCAAGAUAAUGAAGGGGCCACUGCUUUACACUUUGCUGCCAGUGGGGGGCAUCGUGGCAUCUUGGAGAGGUUGUUACAGAUGGGAUCAAAGGUCAAGAAGGAUUUCUGGGGGGGCACUCCUCUACAUGAUGCAGCAGAGAACGGGGAGAUAGAGUGCUGUCGGAUCCUCCUGGGUCACCAGAUCAACCCAAAGGAAAGAGAUGUAGAUGGCUUCACGGCUGCUGAUCUGGCUGAAUACAACGGCCACUUUGAGUGUGCCAGAUACCUUCGCUCUGUGGAGAGAAAUCAUCCUGAGACAGAAGAUUCCCCUCAAGCACGUUACCCACCUUCUCCUCCCCCUUCUACCACUACCCCCUCGCCUCCAUCUUCCACCUCACAUGGGAACACUUUUCAGAAUAUCCACAUGGCCACUUCGGUGGUGAAGAACCUUAGUUCCAGUACGCCUCCGAGCAAGCCCGUACCAGAGAAAGGGAAACUGUUUAUGGGAGAAAUGAAACUGGGAAAUAAUAAAAUGGUGGUGUUACCGACAGAGGAGCCUAAUUUGUCUGAUAUUGAUUACCUCGUGCCCAUGCACGAUGAGAAGGGAAGACCUAUAGCGGAAUGGAAAAGACAAGUGAUGGUACGACAGCUACAGGCCAGCUUAUUUGACCAAGAAACCCAGAGGUUAAAGGAAAGUAGUACUAAAUAUACAAAGAUGGACAGUUGGAGGUUCUCCCAGGCUCACAAUGCCAUCCUGGGUCCAUUUGGAGAGCUUCUAACAGAGGAUGACCUCAUUUAUCUAGAGAAGCAAAUUGAGAGUGUCUCAAUGCAAAAGAACUGCGAAGGCUACGAAAUGGAGCUAGCUCGCCUGGCUGAAGAACUUCGAAACAUUCUUCCCGCGCCCAUCGUCAACAUCACAGUCAACACCCAAUACAAGAACUCUACACAGACUCCCUUACCCGUUUGGUGUAACCGUAUUUCAGGCAUUGUUAAGAGUAUGUCAUUACUUAUGACCAACCUAACAGACCAGCCCCACUGCAAAAUGCCAAACACAGAGCUUGUGAGUGUCUUCUCUCAGCCAUCUGAGAGAAAAGCCUUCAACAGGGGCAGGAGGGAAAAAAUAGAAAAUGAGAUUCAACAAUUUGGGGUCUCUGUGAGGAACUUAAAAUCCAACUUUGAGAAUCAGAACGAUUCCUCAGAAAAUGAUUCAGGCAUGACAGAAUCAUUAGGUGAUCAAGAGCAAGAACCAGUAAAAAAUGGUUCAGAUGAGGUCUCACAAAAACAAGAACAAAGACCAGAGGUUGACCAGAUUGAUGAUUCAUCUUUCGACUAUGUCAUCAGUGAUGCCAUGGAAAGUACAACCCUACGCAAGGAACGUAUUGUGGUCUUGUUCCUGGGUCACUGGAAGAAGUCGGCUUAUACGGUGACUGUGAGAAAUGCUCAGAGAAAGCAAAGCGUUGAUUCACUGGAUAUAUCCAAGAAGCCGAAGUGUGAACGCAAAGCUAGCUUAGAUAUCUCUCCAAAGAAUGCUAUGGAAAAUGGCAAAUUGGGGCACUUCUUUAAGCAGAGAAGUGCCAUCAAUAAGAUGAUUGGGAACUGGAGAAGCAUGAUCUCAUUUGUACCAUCACGGCAGAUUCGAAGACUCAACCGGCAGCAGGCAAUUUACUCACCUGAGCAGUUCCUGCCCCGUGUGGAUGGAUCUCCCGUUGACUAUGACACCCUGACACUCGACCUCUUCAUGCUUGGCUACUUUCACAUACUUGAGCUAGACUUGCCAGCAGAUGAGAGGAAAAUGAGACACUUGCUGUGCUUUGAAGUUUUCGACCAUGUGGGCCGUUUCACCUGGGAGACUGUGCGGGAUUUUCACAAGGCUGUAAUACAGGACAUUGAGGUGGGGAACCGGGAAUGGAAGGAUGGAUUUGAGGACAUUAAAGUGAAGUUCUUUGGAGAUGGAUCAGGCCAGCCAGAGGUUGAACACUCAGAACAGACGACGAUUGUAGAAAUGAGGCCUGUGCCUAAAGUCAUUGUACAGACGCCUACCCCAGAUGAGAGCGAUGUCCUGAGAAAUAAUGCAGAUAUCAGUAGUCUGACUAAUGAAGAGAUUUGCAAAUAUAUUGACCGUAGUUUUGCUUUCUGGAAAGAAAAGGAGGCUGAGAUAUUUGAUUUUGAGGAAUGA